CUAGUUGGUUAGCUGCUGCUGCUGCUGCGAACGAGCAGCAGCAGCAACAGCAGCAGAAGCAGGCAGCAGACACGGCAGCAGACCGCAGCGCAGCCGAGUGCGAGCUGCAGCAGCAGCAACUAGCAGCAGCAGCAGCAGCGUGCGAAGCGCUGGCUAAGCAAAUAGACGCAGCAAAACCCCUCACUUCCAGCAGCAGCAGCAGCAGCAGCAGCUGGGAGGCCGUAGCUCGCUGGGACCUAGGAUUCCUGGAGCCCGCGUUGUCGGCGCUGCAGCAGCAGCAGCAGCAGCAGCAAGAGCAGCUGCUGCGGAUGAGUGCAUGCGCUGAAGCAGCAGCAGACGAGUGGCUUAAAGCCUUAGCAGCAGAAGCAGCAGCAAGCAGCAGCUGCCCGCUUUGCUGCAGGGAUUUGGAGGGCCCCACAGGUCUCGCGCUGCUGCAGCAAAACGUGGACCGCAGGCUGCAGCAGCUGCCGCAGCAGCAGCAGCAGCAGCAGCAACAAAUUCAGGCGCUGCAUGCAGAGGUUCAGAGGCUGCAGCAGCAGCAGCACAAGGCACAGGAGCUAGCAGCAAAACACAAAGAGCUUGUUUCUGCUGCAGCAAAACUGGCCAAGCAGCAGCAAGUAAACGACGACUUGCUGCUGCCGCUACUGUUGCUGCUGGUUGCUGCAGUUGGCAAGAGGCUGAGGAGCUCGCAGCAGCAGCAGCAGCAGCAGCAGCAGCAGAGUAGGUGCAGCUCGGGAUAG